CAAUCAAAACCAUCGGACCUGAAUUUUUUGGCCCCCGUGCAUUUUCCAAGCUUGAAGAGCUGAUACUUUCAAACAUGGGCAAUUGGGAAGAAUGGUCGUUUGGUAUGGUAGAGGGGGUUGGUGAAGAAAGAAGAGGAGCCCCCAAGUUGCUGCCUCGUCUCAAUAAGUUGGAACUUAACAGGUGUCACAAGUUGAGAGCUCUUCCUCCGUUGGGCCUGUUGCCCCAGUUGAAAUCCCUUUAUAUUAGCGAAGCACAUGCAAUCAAAACCAUUGGACCUGAAUUUCUCGGCCCCCGUGCAUCGUCAGCAGCGACUUCAUUUCCCAAGCUUGAAGAGCUGGAAUUUUAUAAUAUGGAGAACUGGGAAGAAUGGUCGUUUGGUAUGGUGGAGGGGGUUGGUGAAGAAGGAAGAGGAGCCCCCAAGUUGGUGCCUCGUCUCAGUAAGUUGGAACUUAACAGCUGUCCCAAGUUGAGAGCUCUUCCUCCAUUGGGCCUGUUGCCCCAGUUGAAAUCCCUUUAUAUUAGCGAAGCACAUGCAAUCAAAACCACUGGACCUGAAUUUCUUGGCUCCCGUGCAUCGUCAGCAGCGACUUCAUUUCCCAAGCUUGAACAGCUGGAAUUUUAUAAUAUGGAGAACUGGGAAGAAUGGUCUUUUGGUAUGGUGGAGGGGGUUGGUGAAGAAACAACAGGAGCCCCCAAGUUGCUGCUUUGUCUAACGAAGUUGGAACUUGAAUGGUGUCCCAAGCUGAGAGCUCUUCCAGAAGGCCUACGGCACGCCACCAAUUUACAGGAAUUGGAUAUCAAUUAUGUCCACGACUUAAAAGAAAUCAACAACCUUCCCUCGUUGAAAUCUCUGAAAAUAUGUGGUUGUCCGAGGUUGGAGCACGUGGAGAAUCUUGAUAAGUUGCAAUUCCUGAGAGUAAUAUUAUCUUCUUCCACAGAGACAUCCACCACCGAUGCUGAUGGACAGACAGCGAGCCUCCCACAGUGGUUAUUGGACCUACUAGGGCAGCAUUCUCUUCAAGAAUUUCAACUAGGAUGCAGCUUACCACUCCUUGAGACCUUCCUCAAGGACGGCCCCGACUGGCCCAUCAUUCAGCGGAUCCCCAUGGUCCAGAUCGUCGGGCAUAGGCAUCCAAGUGGCGUAUCAUAUAUUCGGUAUACCAAGGACCCUCCCACCUUCGAAACCCAUAUAGUGAAGGAAUCUGAAGAAUCGGAGAAAUGCUAAAGCAUCCUCUCUUCACCGAGUUACAAAUGCUUGUGGAAUAGGCGGUUGAGAUGGGAAUGUCCCUCAGGAUCAUGGGAUCAGUGGGCUCAGCAUUUUUACCAUCUUUUAUAAUUAUCUAAAUCUCUGCAUUGGACGUUCUGAUUUCUUUUUCCUAGUAUUAUGAUGCAGCUGUAGCUUUCCUUUCCUAGUGUUUUGAAGAAAUUGUCAUUUGCUUGAGUAUAAUUUUUCUUCUGAGUGUAACUAUUAAGAAUUGGUUUAUCCACUAUAGUUAUCUUCUCCAUUAUGUUGUUGCAACACAAUCACAAAGAUUUUGAAUUUUUUGAA